AGAUAAUGGCUACGAGCAGCAGACUCCGGCGUCCCGCUAUUUUGGCCGGUCUCCUGUUCUCUCUGUUCCUCGCAGCCCUCGACUUCUCGAUCAUCACCACCGCAGUCCCUUCCAUCUCGUAUCAACUGCGGUCCCAUACCGCCUAUGUCUGGAUCGGCUCCGCGUACUUGCUCACAAGUGCCGCUGUGACUCCGGUGUGGGGGAAAGCAGCCGACGUCUGGGGCCGUAAACCUGCACUGCUCAGCUCCAUUGCGCUAUUUGCCGUCGGGUCAGCCAUAUGUGGAUGGUCCAAGAACAUUGCGCAACUGAUCUCGGGCCGUGCGGUGCAAGGGUCGGCGGCUGGAGGCAUCAUUGUCUUGGUUAACAUCUCCAUCAGCGACGUGUGGGAUGCACGGCACCGGAGUAUGUUCCUGGCCACGACAGGGCUGGUGUGGGCCAUUUCCGCCGGCGUCGGACCUCUUCUCGGCGGCAUCUUCUCUGAGUAUCUGACAUGGCGAUGGGCCUUCUGGGUCAACCUCCCCUGUUGCUUUGUCGCCUUUGUCGUUCUCUUCCUUUUGAUGAGCCCGGUGCAGCCGCAGACCGUGAGGGCGGAUCGGAAAAGAAACAUGGACUGGAUUGGAACCGUCGCAAUCAUUGGAGUCACAAUCAUGAUCUUGCUCAGCCUGGACUUUGGUGGGGUGGUCUCACCGUGGAACUCCCCUAAAGUCCUAACUCUGCUGAUCGGUGGCUUUGUGGUCUUAUCCUUUUUCGUCUUCUGGGAGGCCAGAGGCGCAUCGAAUCCUCUCAUUCCAUCCCACCUCGUAGACCGCACGUCCAAGAUCAGUCCGCUGAUGGUCUGUUUCACGCACGGUUUUGUGAACGUCUCGUCUUGGUACUUUCUGCCCCUCUACUUCCAAGCCGUGCGCGGCGCGUCCCCGACCCGCUCUGGCGUCCUCAUCAUGCCGAUCGUUGUGGUCCAAGCCUUGAUCGGUCUUGCUGCCGGGGCCAUCACCUAUCGGUUUGGCUGGAUCCGGCCACUCAUAUGGGCAGGAAUGGCGCUCACAACGCUGGGAUUUGGUCUUUUUAUCGGUAUCGGCACAUCGACAUCGCUGGUUCGCACCGUGACUAUCGAGAUUGUGGCCGCGCUCGGAGUCGGCGCCGCCUUCCAAGCCCCGCUGAUAGCGUACCAAUCCGUCGUCGGCCCAGCAGAUAUGGCAGUGGCGACGGCACUAUUUGGAUUUGUCCGGAGUCUUUCCACGUCCAUCUCGGUGGUCGUCGGCGGCAUUGUUUUCCAGAAUACCAUGUCGACGCAGACUAAACGCCUGAGCAGUGUCCUGGGGGGGCCACUGGCUCGAAACUUUUCGGCUUCAACUGCAGCAACAAAUGCACUGCUCGUACGCACACUGCCUUUCCAUCAGCAAGUGGAGGUGAAGAAGGCGUAUGCUUCGAGCUUGAAGCAUAUGUGGAUCAUGUACGCCAGCGUUGGCGGAGUGGGUCUUGUCGCGGCGCUGUUUGUGAAGAAGCAGAAGGCAGUUGGCGAGGCAGGCAGUGAUCCUCCAGACAGAGACGGCGUGGAGCUUGAGCAGCCUCCAGCUCGAUCACCUAGCCAAGUGCAGUGACGCAGCAAUCAGUGAUGUGUCGGGUAGAAACGACAAGUCACGAUAUGAUGCGACAUCUCGCCUAGUGACGCCACACUUCUCGGCGAGCUUCUCGACAAAUCCCUUUGGGAACGAGGAGGAUGGAGUCUCGCAUCGUGUCGCAGCGCAGGAGAUCGAGAAACAAUUCUACAGGGAUGGGGCUCCUAUUUUAUCGUUAGCUCAGCGAUAAAAGCCGGAUAUACAGUGUAUAGG